AUGGAAAUCACCCCGGAAAAGCUGGAGUUUCACGCUCCCUUCACUAAGCACACAUCCAACAAUCUGGAGCUGCGAAACCCUACUAACGAGUACUUUGCCUUCAAGGUCAAGACCACAGCCCCCAAGUUGUUCUGCGUCCGACCAAACGCCUCCAUUGUCGCCCCCAAUGAGAGCCUGACCGUGUCCAUUACCCACCAGGCCCUCCCCCAGGAGCCCGGUCCCGACUACACCUCCAAGGACAAGUUCCUGAUUCUGUCGGCACCUCUCAACGAGGCUGCCGUCCAGGCCGGUGAGAACCUCGCCAACUUUGUUGAGAAGACUAAGGAGAACAUUGCCGAGUUCUGGACCCAGGCCGAACACACCAAGUCCGUGCCCAUCACCAGCAAAAAGAUGAAGGUGCAGGUGCGACCCUUUGACGCCAACGGUCAGCACUCUCACGAGCUCGGAGCCGGAGGCGCCGCCCUUGGAGCUGGGGCCGUGGCUGGAGGUGCCCUUGGCCACAGCGCCUCUCGAGGCGACCAGACUCUCGGCGACGAGUCCUUUGCCAACUACGAGGCUGCCGCCCAGUCUCCUGCUCCCCACUCCCCUGCCAACCAGCAGUUUAACAACUUCCAGCAGCAGCAGCAGCAACACUACCAGCAGCAGGUUCCCUCCUCUGCCUCCGGUAUUGCUUCUCAUCCGACCGAGGCCGUCAACCGAGGCGCUGAGGCCGUUGGUGCUCCCUCUGCCUCCUCUCAGGUCCACUCCCAGGACUCUGCUGCCCUUGGACAGGCACAGGACAACAUUUCUUCUCUCAAGAAGGACAUCGGAAGCACCUCUGAGAAGCAUACUGUUCCCUCUACCCAAACCUCUCAGGCUGUCGGCUCCCAGGGUGUGCCUGUUGGAGUUGUUGCUAUUGUUGCUCUCCUGGCUCUUCUUGUUGGAUGGUUCUUCUUAUAG